AUGCGGCAACAAGGCUCACUGCUGUCCAUCUUUUGGACAGCCACGGCUUUGGCGGCGCCAGUACUUGUCGACGAGCAUAUCCAGCAAGACCCAUUCAACAUUCUGGAUCCGCAAAAAUGGCAGAAUCCAGACGAUAUGACCUGGGCAGACUACAAACCCAUUCCUGAAGCAUCGUGGGUGGACCCAACGAGGAAAGGUUCGAUGAGGAACUUCAACAUUGCUCUUGUGCCGGUGGACUAUCCAGAUAUGAAUUUCGUCGUUACUCAAGCGGCAAACUCUACAGCGUUCGGGAAUCCACUCCCCAUCGUUUCUGGGAUGAAACGAGCAAAUGUCCCAAGCUACUAUCGAGAUCUCCUGAACAUGCCGCAAGACCUCAACUACAAUCAUACUCUGCACGAGUAUUGGAUGGAGGACUCUGGCGGCCGCUUUGGAGUUGACCUGACCGCUUUUGGACCUUAUCGUAUGCCUCGCAAAUCCUUCCAGUAUGGGCUCGAUGAUGGAGAAGGUGGCUUCAAUGAAGGUGAAUGUCCUGAAGCGCCAUGCUCUGUUGAUCUCAGAACGGACGCUCUGGGAGCCUGGCGUGCGGAAGUGGGCAAUGCCACUGCGGACUUGUACGAGCUGGUCUUCAUUCUCUCCGCCGGACAAGAUGAGAGUUCGUCGUGGCAAGAGUUUGGCGAGAUGAAGUUUGAUACGAAAGAAGAUGUCAGCCAUGCUUUCGGCCCGCCGGGGAACAGCAGCGAUAACAACUGGGCGCCAACUCGUUAUGUCGACUGGACUUCGUGGGCUUCUGCUGCGAGUAUCUGGCCCAAUGCCGGAAGAGGAUCUUCUACACAAGCCGAGAGUUCUGGGGCGGCUGUCUAUGCUCAUGAAUUGUCACAUUUGCUUGGGAUUGGCGACAACUACAACAACCCAUACAGCGAUCCGCCGCGGCGAUCUUGGACAGGUAUCUGGUCGAUGAUGUCUCGAGGAAGCUUCAACGGGCCCGGUGGACCCCAUACCCGCUGGCAGAUUCCCGCACUGCAGGGCUCUUCUCUCGGAUCUCUGCAUACCGUCAGRGACAAGCUGCAGCUAGGACUUGUGGACAACUCCAGCAUGCUGAUGCUUUCUAGAGAAGACCUCAAAGCAGUUGGAACGAUGGUCGUAAACAUCACAGCAAGAGCAGUAGAUGAAGGUGAGACCGGUCUCAAAGGUCUCCGCAUCACAAUGGACACGGACAAAUCACCUUUCUGCAACAUCACCACAGACCCAUUCUGCGACGGAGGCGGCUUCGACUCUUACGACCUAGAAGUCAUCGAUCGCGUCGGCGCCGACUCUUUCACACCAGACUCAGGUGUCCUCAUCAGCAAGUCCAAAGUCGACGACAGUGACCCUCCCUUCCAAUGGGUCAUUGACGCCAACCCGCAAGACAUCAAACUCGUCGACUUCAUCCGUCCGAAUGGUACAGAAGCCAUGGUGACAAUUGGCGAUUAUCGACAACUUGCAGAUGCGUUGUUUCACGCCGGGACUCGGUCUGGUAGUCAAUUUGAGCAUAUCGAUCGGGAGAAUGGCUUGCAUUUCUAUAUCGUCAAUCCGCAUCGAGAUGAAUUGGGAGUACUGAGGUAUGAAGUCGCCGCGCGCUCUCUUGAAGGAAAUACCACCAAUAUGCAUGAGAUUCAAAUGAGUGAUGGCAAUCCCUCGAAGACUUCAUUCGAUGAAAGAGGAGGAUUUUGUGAAUUUGAGCUCACGAAUUCGGGAUCACUGUCUGUAGCCAACUUCACUACGUCGCAGAACUCCUCCUCUUCAUAUGCUGGCUAUGAGAUUUUCAGACUGAGUGCUGAAGUCGAAGGUGCUGAAUGGAGAGUCGAGCUUCCGAAUGAAAUUUCCGUGGUGAAAUUCGGUGGGAAGACUUUGGUGAGCGUUGCUGUGGGGCCAGAAGCUGACGCUGUGGAGAAUGCUGUUGUGAAACUCACUGCGGUCUCGGAGAGUGAUGGCUCUGUGAUGGUCAUGAAGGAGUGUGAGGUUCAGAAGGGAGGGGUUGGGAAGAGGUAUCUUUAG